AUGACGGAGGCAAUACAUCAAACCAGAUUAGAGGAAAGGAGCACAACGUUAUCCGAACGAGACUGCGCCGGCCUUAUCGGAGUCGAUUUAGUUGAGGUAUUCGCCACCUUGGCCAGCUGCUUCUUCUCAGCCUUCUUGCUUUCCGGCGCCUUCCUCUUUGUCACGGCAUUGGCCUUCGCAGCCGGCUUAGCUUUGGGUUUUGCUUUCGGCUUAGGUUUGGAGACAGCUGCCUUCUUCUCCUUGGCGCCGACAGCUUUUAGUGCGGAAACAGAAACAAACUUCUUAUUCUUCUUCGCGGCCGGAAGCUUGAAGGAGCUCUUCACCUUCACGAGUUUGUCGUUGGCCACGAGCUUCUUCAGCUGGAGGAGAAGGACCUUCCGGAAAUUGGCCGGCAGGUUCUUCUGUUUGUCCUCGAUGAACUUCGCGAUGGCGGGCUGGCUGGAAACAGUUUGGUCCUUCAGUGUCACGAUCGCAUCCUUAAUCAUCUGCAAAAUCCACCAGAAAAUUCAGAUCCAACCACAAGAAGUACAAAAUCACGGAUUUAAAGGCGGAUUGAUCAAUCAAUACCUCGAAGUACGGAGGGUGUGUGGGGGCAGCGGUGCGCUACUUCCGAGCAGGCUCGAUCAGGACAACUUGCUCUUCAAUGGUGGCCAUGGAGCAAUUCACUGA